AUACCGAAAACUGUAAUAAGUUGUAAUUAUAACCACAGAAAAUUUAAAACAAAACUAAACGCAAAACGGCGAAUCUGCAUAUUAAAAUACUGUUCGCAAUUUUCGCAAAAUACGCGUGUGUUAUGGUUGUGAACCGGUGGUUUGUGUUUGUUUUGAACCAAGUAACCAAGUUUGAACUGAAUGUUAUCUAAGUUUACUUAUGGUAUAAAUAAUACCAAAAUAUGAAUUAAGAAUUAAUCUACUCACUAAACCUGGUGUUAACAAAUGUGACUGUUUGUUAAAGUGAUCAGUCUUGAUAGAAAAGCUAUAUACCUAAGUUUGAAGCUAUUGUUACCUACAUUUUAUCAAGCUCAUUAUUUCCUCUUGCUAAAAUGCAGCCUAUAGCAACGUAUGUGUUUAUAGAUUUACAAUCUAACGGCCUGCCAGGCAAGAGAAUCGUAGAAAUUACGGAAAUCGCCAUGGUCGCUAUAAAACGGGUACAUUUUCUGAACACAAACCCAGAUGAAGUACCGCGAGUUCAGUAUAAACUACACAAGUGCUUCUCUACUGAUGGGGACAUGGAUAAGAAAAGUAUUUCAUUAACCGGGUUAAAGCCUAAUCUUCUGGAAGACGAACCUGUAUUUAAUAAGCAAGCAUGUGAACUCAUCAACACUUUCAUAAAUUGUUUGGAGAAGCCUGUGUGCUUAAUCGGACAUAAUGCUUUAAAGUUUCAUUUACAGUUGCUUAAGUACCAUCUUGACGAAUUAAACUUUAAAUUAACUGGUGAAGAUGAGAUCCUAUGCUCUGAUAGCAUUUAUGCAUUUUUUGAUAUAUUGCAAGCUGACGACAUACGAGCAUACACAAAGGAUCAUUUAAAAAAACCUUUGACCAAACCAAUGUCAUUCUAUAAACUGUACCGGGAACGAUUUUAUAGAGCAAUUGGAAUGAAACGAUCAUACCAAUUGGGUGCCCUUUAUGAUGAGAUUGUGGGUGAGCCUUUCCUUGAAUGGAAUUGGGCUGAGAAUAACUGCAUCAAGAUUAUGAGUAUUGCAUUAACUAUGAAAAAGGAGUUUGAAAAAUGGAUUGCCAAUAAUCAUUGCGUAUUCUCCGAUGUGAGCCUUAUGAUAAUGUAUUAGUUAAUAGCAAUAUAUAUUAAACUAUUUAGUGAACUAUAAGUUGUUAGUUAGAUUUUAUUAUUGAUUUUGUUGUUAUUAAGUUAGGUUUAAGAUGACUACCUCUGUAGUACCUAAGGAGCAUUCCAAAAAGCUUGAUUGUUAUUUAAUUAUCUGAUUUUUGAAGCUAUAAGCAAUAAGUAUUUUUGUUUUGUUAUCUAGCAAUACAUUGCUGUUUUGUGAUUAUAAUGUAGUCAAUGUGAUUGCUUUGUAUUAUAAUCCAGUUUAAGAAUGGAGUUGAGUUUACUUAAUUAAGAUAUAAUAUUACCUAUGUAUCUUUUCUAUAUAUAAUCUACCUUGAACAUAAUGGUCACACCAUUUAAAAGUGUUUUCCCUGUAGUUACUGGUAUUUGUGAAAAUUAAAUAUAAACAUUAAAAAAUAUUUAUACCUAGUUAUCAAAACAACCAAUUAUAGGCAUAGCCAGUUUAUUUUCAUAAACAGAAAUGUUUAUUAUAUUUACCCACCUAAUUUAAAUACCUUGUUAUAUUACUAUUGUAAUGUGAAAUAAUUGUUUAUACAUAUAGCCAUAUUCAGCUAGUCAUGUACUUAAUUCACAUUGAUAUACUAUAUAAGACUUGUGUGACUAAUACUGACUGCCAAAUUAGGUGAAAAUAAUUUUUAAAGUCGAAUUUCCAUUAAUAGUCCGGUCAAAUUAGACCAAAAAAUUAGGGUGAAAUUACAUAAAUUCGCAACAAGCUGAAUUUUGGUACAAUUGUUCAAAACACGAUUAUAAACAAUAGCUGAAAGUUCCCCAUCAUUCCCGUGUGUGGAAAAAAAGUUAUUCAAGUUUAAAUGUCAAAAAAAUGAGUUAUUCGCGAUUUUCAGCAAAACGGUAAGUUUUAUCAGAAAAAUACCUCAGGCUAAAAUUGUAGAACAUUAAAUUAUCUAUAAAAAAUAUAUUAAUACUUUUUUCUUCAUUGUUCCAAAGUGGAAAAAUGAGUAUCCCUCCGACACUCAUUUUUCCACUUUGGAAGCGUCUAACUUUCAAACGGUUGAUUUCGACGAAAAAUAGUUUUAGGAACCUUGAUGUCUUUUUUACAGACCUAUCCAUAGACACCCAUAACGGAUAUGUUAGCUGAAAAAAAUUUUUUUUUGAAUCAUUUCCAUGUAUGGAGUGCCCCCUUUAAUUUUUUAAUUUAUGAAUUUUUAUUCAAAAUUCGAAUAGCGGUUAUCGAAAUACAUCAACCUAUAGAGUUUCAACUAUGUAGACCCAAUAGUUUCGAAAAUAAAUGGCUGUGACAUACGGACGGACAGACAGACAGACAUGAUGAAUCAUAAGGGUUCCGUUUUUUGCCAUUUGGCUACGGAACCCUAAAAAACGCGCUAAGUACACUACCUCAUAGGUGGCGUGGAAACGUGUGCAUUUUAUGACAAUUGCAACUGUUACAACUUGUUACACCGCGAUAUCUCCGAAACGGUAUCUCGUGUGAAAAAAAGUAUUGAUAUUUUUUUAUAGAUAAUUUAAUGAUCUACAAUUUAGCCUCGGGUAUUUUUCUGAUAAAACUUACCGUUUUGCUGAAAAUCGCGAAAAACUCAUUUUUUUGACAUUUAAACUUGAAUAACUUUUUUU